AUGCUCUCCCGACGCCUCUUCCGCCAGCUGACCGACAGCCUCCUGCUCGGCCGCACCCUCCUGGUACCAUGCCAGUGCCACGCCUCCACAACCACCCGCCAUAUCAACCCCGGAAACGCCCACCAUAACCCUCCCCAAAUCCGCACCGCCUCCUCCUCCACACGAUGGAAAACACGCCAAUCCCGCGACCACUUCGCGCGCGAAGCCAAAGUCGCCGGGCUAAAAUCACGCGCGGCAUUUAAACUCCUCGAAAUGGACGAGAAGUAUAAGCUCUUCCGGCCCGAUAACACGGUCGUGGACUUGGGAUACGCGCCCGGCAGCUGGUCGCAGGUGGCUGUGACGCGCACGAAGCCUGGCGGGAGAGUUGUGGGGAUCGAUAUUCUGCCUGUGCAGCCACCGAGGGGGGUGUCGACUAUUCAGGGGGAUUUUUUGAGCCCGGCGGUACAGGCUGGGGUGAGGGCUUAUGUGCUGGAUCCGAUGAGGGGAAGGCCGAGGAAGAAGGUGGUUUUUGCGAAGGAGGAGGAUGAAGAGGCGGGACUUACGGAGGAGGAGUUGGAAGAGGCGGAGAGGGGAUAUAUUGAUAUGGAGAGGCAUGCAAUGCCUGGCUCUGCUGAGGCGGGUACUCACUCGACUGCUGCUGCGCCUACGGAAGAACAUGCACAUCUGAGCAGGAAACAGAGGGAUGAGGCGAAUGGCAGGGUAGUGGAUGUAGUGAUGAGUGACAUGUCCGCGCCCUGGGAUCAGACCACUGGAUUCUGGAAGAGGAGCGUUAGUGACCCGUAUCUUAGGAUGAUGAACACGAGCGGUAUCGCAUUCAGGGACCACGUUGGGAGUAUGGAUCUCUGCAAUGCAGCGCUGAACUUCGCCUUCGAUACUCUGCGUACUGGUGGGCACUUCCUCUGCAAGUUCUACCAAGGCGCUGAGGACAAGGCGCUAGAGAAGACGCUGAAGAAGCUGUUCGAGAAAGUGCACCGGGAGAAACCCGAGUCGUCAAGAAGCGAAUCAAAAGAAGCGUAUUUUGUUGCCCUACGCAGAAAAGAGGAUCCUCUAAAAGAAGACGUGUUCGGAGAGUAA